AUGAGCUCCAUCAAAAAUGUAACAAUUGCCGGUGCAACUGGCUACCUGGGACCUGCAGUCGUCAAGGCUGUGAAAGAAGCCGGGUUCAAUGUUACUAUUCUUUUACGAGCAUCGAAUUCCUCUGAAGUUACGUUUGACGGCGUCAAAAUCGCAAGAAUAGACUACGGAUCCCUUGAUUCUCUGGUUGAUGCCCUCAAAGGCCAGGAUGCCGUUGUGUCAGCCAUGAACCACUUGUAUUUUGACGAACAAAAGGCUCUUGUUGAGGCCUCAGACAAAGCUGGUGUCAAGAGGUUUCUUCCUUCGGAAUAUGGUCUGGAUGUGAGCAUCCCAGCAGUUCGAGCAGUUCCCUACCUACGCGCCAAGGGUCUUAUUCAGGAUUUGCUCAAAAAAUCGAGCAUGACAUAUACAGUCUUAUAUACUGGGCCGUUCCUUGAAUGGGGCCUCGAUAACUUCUUUGUUGACUACAGAAAUGCAGUAGCCAACGUAUGGAACGGAGGUGAUAUUUCUGUCGGUAUAUCAACUCUUGCAGACGUUGGUCGAGCCGUUGUCAACAGCUUACUCCAUUCCGAAGAGACGGAAAACAAAGCACUUUACACAAGCUCCGCUAUGACAACACAAAAUGAGAUCUUGUCUGCUAUCCAGGAAGCUGACAAGGAGGGGAGAUCUAUGGAGUUUGAGGUGGUGCGAGACUUUCUUGGUUCUACUAUUUAUGGGCUCGAGGUUGAGGCUGGAGUCCCAUAUGGCAGAGAUAACGCUUUGCUCGGAAUCAAGAUGGUAACUCCAGAGGAAUUGAGGCAGCUGGUUAUUAACCAUGUUAGGGAAUAG